AUGGAUGCAGUGAACGUAUUUGUUAGUCAUGGAACAAAUACAUUUGGUCUACUUGUUCCUUGUGGUUGCAGUUUCGUGAAUUUUGUAGAUAUGAUAUCGAAAGAACUGGAGGUCGACGUUAGUCGUCACUGUAUCAAUAUUCAGUAUAGUGCAGAUGAGGGUAUGUAUCCAAUCCGUAUUACGAAUGACAGUUCCCUACAAUUUUACCUGGUGCUUAAGCGUAAGGAUCCACGCAUCACGACAUAUGCACUACGUAUCCACUUGACUGAUGUCUUGAACUCCACAAACAUUACCUUUCCAAAUGAUUUGAUAUCGGGAAUUGAGGUAUCGGUGCUGGAGUCUACAGACGACAAAGUUCCAAAUGAUUUGAUAUCAGGAAUUGAGGUAUCGGGGCUGGAGUCUACAGACGACAAAGGUGAAGAGAUGACAAAUAUAGCUAAUAAGCCUGAUGUGCAAUUUUGGAGUAAUGUUAAUGAUGUGAAUCUGAAUGAUAUCCUCCCACCCAAUUCAAAGAGACCAGCUGGGCGACCGAAGAAUUCUCGGAGGCGAACAAGGCUCGAAUCCAUUAAUCCAGUCAUGUGCGGACGUUGUAGAGGGAAAGGUCAUAAUAAAAGAACAUGUAAUCAACCACUCCCGCUUUGCCAUGUGAGAAAACGAAAGCGCGGCUCAUAA